AUGGCUUCCAACGUCGAGGCUGGUCCCCCGCUCAAAGUCUCAUCGUCCGAUGCACCUCAGGCGUCGGCAGCCUUGAAUACUCCUCUCGAACCUCUUGAAUCUGUUCAGAACCUGUCCCAACUACUGAAAAGAGCGGCUGAGACAGAUGGUAGUCUCUGUUUCUAUUCAGAAACCAUUGCAGGGCCUGAUUCUUCUACCAUAUCCUACCGUGAGCUGCUGACAGAAGCACGCAUCAAGGCGAGAUUGGUCAGUGAUUUCAUCCAGGCUCAGUCACCGGAGCAGGUGCUGUUGAUUCACUUUGAUUCACAGCGAGACAGUAUUGUCUGGUUUUGGGCUGCUACGUUGGCAGGAUUCCUGCCGUGUAUGUCCCCUCCGCUGGUCAAUGACAUUGGGCAACGCAAAAAGCAUCUGCUUCAUCUCCAUGGUCUGCUGAGGGAGCCAACCAUACUCACAACUACGAAACUUGCGGCCGACUUCCUUGAGUUGAGUCAAUUGAAGCUCAGAGCUGUCGAGGAUCUUCUAUCCAAUGGAGUCAACGGCUCUGUGGGCCAGCUCGUGGACUAUGAUGCUGGACAAAAGGCGGGCGCAGAAAGCACCGCUGCGCUUAUGUUGACAUCGGGUAGCACAGACAACGUCAAGGCGGUUCCGCUGCGCCACCGCCAAGUUCUUGAUGCCGUCAACGGCAAAAGUGCAUAUCACGGGACCUCAUCCCGCGAUAUCUUCCUCAGCUGGGUCGGAUUGGACCAUGUGGCAAGCUUGGUCGAAGUCCAUCUGCAUGCAAUGAGCCUUGGAGCAAACGAGAUUCAUGUUCCUGCAUCAUCCCUGGUUCAAGAUCCGAUGCUCUUCAUCCGGCUAUUGGACGGACAUAACGUUACCUACACCUUUGCGCCCAACUUUUUCCUAGCAAUGGUUCUAAACACCCUGAAAUCGAAUGCGGGCUGCACGGCAAAUCUCUCAAGUCUCAGGGCUUUGGUAUCAGGCGGCGAGGCAAAUCCCACGGCAACUUGCCAAGACCUCACGCGAGAGCUUCGUCGCCUCGGGUGUAGGGGCGAGGUGAUACGCCCAGGAUUCGGGAUGACCGAGACAUGCGCGGGUUCCAUUUAUUCCCAAUAUUGCCCUUCCUAUGACAUUGAGCGCUCGGUUGAAUUCGCGAGCGUGGGAUCGUGCAUACCAGGGAUGAAGAUGCGCGUCAGGAGCCUUCAUGAUUCUCACGACGAAGCCCCAAGAGGCCAGACAGGCGAGCUUCACGUCACUGGAAAGGUGGUUAUAAGCCAAUAUUACAACGACAAAAAGGCCACGAGAGAGGCUUUCACUUCGGACGGAUGGUUUAGAACAGGAGACCUUGCAUGGAUCGAUGAUGCUGGAAAUCUACACCUGGCGGGCCGCAUCAAGGAUUCCAUCAUUGUCAAUGGCGUCAAGUGGAGUGCAGCUGAGUUGGAGAACACCCUCGAUGACGAGAGAAUACCUGGGGUCGCUCCAUCUUUCACGAUGUGUUUCCCAACCCGCGCUCCCGGAUCAUCUACUGAGGGCAUCGCCGUCGCCUACUCCCCGCGAUUCCGCGACGAGGACCUCGGCUCACGAUCUGAGACGGUGAGGGCCAUUACAAGGGUAAUCUCAUUGAUCACGGGCAGGAGACCAGCACGCAUAGUGCCUUUGCCUCCAUCCAUGCUCGAGAAGUCAUCGCUCGGCAAAAUCUCGCGCUCAAAGAUCCGGGCUGCCCUCGAGAGUGGCCAGCUCGGACCGGUUGAGCGCGAAGACCAACGACUUCUCGACAACGACAGACAGCGCAAGUGGCGCAGCGCCAGGACUGCCAGCGAGAAGAUCGUGCAGGGCAUAUUAGCCGAGCUCUUGAAGAAGCCCGUCAUGGAAAUUGGUGUGGAGACAUCCAUCUUCGAUCACGGCGUCGACUCGAUGCAUCUCAUCCUUCUGAAAUCCAGACUUCAGGGGGCCAUUGGCACCCAGAUUGAUAUUCCCAUGUCCGUCUUGCUGACUGCACCAACCGUGGUGGCCAUUGCAUCCGCCAUUGACCAGCUCGUAUCACACCCAAUCGUUUACGCGCCCGUUGUCCCAUUGCAGCCACAUGGAUCCGCUACACCCUUGUUCUUUAUUCAUCCUGGAAGCGGAGACAUCCUCGUGUUCAUUGCUCUGGCAGCACACUUCCCGACCCGUCCCGUGUACGCCCUGAGGAGUCGCGGGUACAAUCCCGGCGAAUCCUUCUUCUCCUCCAUCGAGGCAACCGCUGAGCUUUACGCGGCGGAAAUCUGCAAGACACAGCCAGAGGGCCCUUAUGCGAUAGCAGGCUAUUCUCUUGGGUCCACGCUCGCCUUUGAGGUCGGCAAGGUGCUUGAGAAGCAGGGCCGUGAAGUCAGGUUCCUCGCUAGCAUCGACUACCCGCCACACAUUGCGCCCUAUGUGCGUGGCUUGGAUUGGGUUGAUGUGCUGCUGCACAUUGCCUUCUUCCUGGAACUCAUUGACGAAGACACCUUGAAGAAAAUCACACCUCAUCUGCACACGCUUGACCGCGACGAGGCGCUGUCGUACGUCCUUGAAAUUGGCGAUGCUGAGCGCGCCAGUGCCCUAGCCAUUAACGUGGACCGCUUGGAGCUCAUUUCAGAUAUUGCGGAAAACUUUAGAGUCAAUGUCCAAACCUACGAGCCUGUCGGCAAGGUUGAGAGUCUAGACGUCUUCGUUGCAGACCCGCCAUCUUAUGCGGCCCGUGAUCGACAGGACUGGCAAGAGAACAAGCUUGGCCUCUGGGCCGGUUUCGCGCGAACUGGGGUGGAGUUUCAUGAUUGCCCAGGUAUUCAUGCGAAAAUGCUCAACAGAGAGCAUGUGGCUGACUUUGCCAAGAUAUUCAAAGCAGCCAUGAGAAUGAGAGGCGUCUAG